GCGGCGGGCGCGACGCAGUCAUCGCAGUCAUCGCAGUCAUCGGUCACAUCAACAGGCUUAGGUCAGCUGGACCAUGUGGCUCCUGGAGAAGAUUCGCGGGUCGAUGGAGAGCAGCUCCUCGCGGCACCGGGAGCCGGCGGACAAACAGCCGAAGGCUCCGCCCUACAGCAACGUGCUCACCCCGGACAAAAUCCCCGACUUCUUCAUCCCGCCCAAGCUGGUGUGCUGCCCCCCCGAGGGGGAGCCGCCCGACGUCCAGCCUCAAGCCGUGCUGCGGGCCUCCAACUCUGAGCAGGCCAUCGGCAGCAAGAGGACGCCAGGAAGCCCCCGCAGCCCCCGUAGCCCUCAUAGCCCCCGUCCCAUCGGCAAGCUCACGGGGGAGUCGAGGAACCUGCUCAAAUCCGCCAACCGCCACAUCAUCCAGAUAGAGAGCGCCGACGAUCUGGUGGUGGCUGACGCGGGGCACUUGGCUACCAACGCGGACCCUCAGUCGCAGACAGCCAUGUCGCUGCCCUACGUGCCCAAAGCGCAGACGUCCUACGGCUUCGCCACCCUCAUGGAGAGCCCCCACACCCGCCGCAAGGAGUCCCUCUUCCACGCCGACCACAGCAGCCCCAUCACGUCCCCCAGCUCUCAGCGCAAGAAGGGAGCCGGCGAGGGCAACCACCUGAACCCAGCCGACUGCGGCACCUCCCACAUGAACCCGUAUCGAUACUUCAGCGGCGGGGAGAGCGACACGUGCUCCUCGGCCGAGUCGUCGCCCUUCGGCUCUCCGCUGCUGUCGCGCUCCGCCUCCCUCCUCAAGAUGUUUACCCAGGAGACCCAGGCCAAGGUGGUGAAGGCCAAGCGCAGCUUUGCCCGCCACAGCUCGCUCUCCACGGAUGAAUGCAGCUCUGCCGACACGAGUCCCAGCCUGCAACGCCGGCUCCGCUGCCCCCUGUCCUUUGCUGGGGGUGGGGCCCAGGGAGGCGGUGCUUCGGGAGGGGGCGGAGCCUCAGAACGUCUGCAGCGGGAGCACACUGUGAACCUGCACCGGGGCGGCUCUCUGCGGCUGCGCGCGCACUACGACCCCGAGGCGGCGCGUCUGCGCAUCCGCGUACUGGCCGCCGAGGACCUGUACGACCGCACGUUCGACCCGAAAAACAUCAACUGCUGCGUGGCGCUGUACCUGAACCCUGGCAAGGUGCAGAAGCAGAGGAGCACCAUCAUCAAGAACAGCCGCAACCCCGUGUUCAACGAAGACUUCUUCUUCGACUCGCUGCCGUCGGCGCAGGCCAAGAAGAUGGCGCUGAAGAUGAAGGUGGUGAACAAGGGCACCAGCCUGAAGAGAGACGUGCUGCUGGGCGAACGAGAAGUCCCCCUGCGGGAGCUCAUCUCGGGGCUGUAGGGCAAGAGGACAGAGAGUGUGCGGCCCUGCCACCUCGCCCCCUUCCUCCUCGCCUUCAUCCCCCUCAUCCUGCAGCCACGACGUCCCACCACCGGCGGCUUCUGGGACGAGUCGCGUUCCCUCGCUUCCCACGGGCCUACGGAAAUCGCCCGCGGUUACGUCAUUUUCGAACACCAUGUUGACCUGCUCAAGUCGAGAUGUUCCGCAGCAUUCCUGCGUGUGCGCAUGCCUACCGCGGCGUACCGCCGUUGUCUGUAUGAACGCCGUCUGCACGAAGCGGCUCGUGUCUAAUGUAUUCUGGGUCGGCGCGGCUCAGGGCUUUGAAGUCCCGUAAUAACCGGAAAUGCAAAUGAGUGCCGGUGAGGCACAGUUCCGGGUGCCGCUCCGCAGACACUGUUUACACCGCGGUAUGUCAGUGCACCGCACUCUUCCCCGCCCUUGGUGUUUGCUCGCUUGAAUCCCUUAAUGAGCUUUUAUUGUGAGCGCUGUGAGACCGGAGGGAGGAGCACCCACAAGCCUUAUUGAGCAGUUCCUGAAGUAACGGCACCGGAGACCACAUGCGGUUCGCGGCUCUCGGUCACGAAAGGCCUGGCUGGCCGCUGUAUUUGGCUCCCUGAACUUGCAAAGUCUCCCAUCCUUGCGUGUUUUGAACGUGUUCGUGUUCCGCUGGCACGUCCACACCGGGCUCUGCAUGUACCAGGUGUGCUGCUGUGCUGAAGAAGCUGAAGCUGCAUGGUUUUGUCGUUCAGACUGUGCCGUGCUUUUUAACGCCAGGACUUCCUCCGAACCGCGCUUUGCGAGCAACUUUGAUCUCGGCCGGAACUCCUGCCCGAUGGCGUCGCUCUUCUGCCGUUAACAGGACUCUGAACGCACGUUGCUGCUUGCAAAAUAUUUAUGGUGCCAAAUGUCAUUGAUCAAAAUGAGCUUUUAUUUGAGUUCCUUUUAGAUCCCCAGCACUGAAGGGUGUCCAAAGGUGAAGGGUGACGCUUCCUGGCACAGGCCAAUUUGGCAUCGCUCCGCUUUUCCCAUCGUCGCCUCGAUGGUUUCCGAGGCCCUCGGGUACCUUGCGCGACCAAGUGCUUCGUUACGUUUCCAAAGGUAGCGAUGGGAGCGCUGUGGAACCGCCGUCCUCGUGUCCAUGAGAAAGUUGCGCCCGCUCCUUACCCACCUUUUGGUGCCGAGUCACAGUGGGCAUAAAGCCGUGGAGCCGGAAGGCGUCCUGGCGGUGCGAGUCGCUCGCUCGUGAUUUUUCCACUUCCUCUCGUAAAGCGCCGUCGUCGGUGCGAGGUGCCGCACGCCACACAGCCUUCACCGCUUUUCACUCCUAUUCACCCUGGUUAUUUUGGCUGCAGAAUUCUAUCGUUUUUUUCCUUCACGUAUCCGGUCGGCUGCGUCCGGUAUGGCGCGAUGUCCGUGGCUCUCCUUCCGAUGAAGUAGUCGUGCUUCUGCGUAAAUGUGAGAAGUUUGGCGUGAAUCCUUCUGUAAAUAUGUGCUUCUCAAUGGAGGUAUUGACUUUUUCCACACAAGAACUGCACGCUCGGAAGCCCGGAAUGUAACUCUUCAGUCCGCUCCCAAAGCAACAGUCUUCCUCAUUGUUCCCACAAGAAGGCACAACAAGAAGUGCACAACGCCACUCGUGCUUUAGAUGGAGAACCAAACGGUUAACGGAACGCUGUCUUGUAUUUUUUAAUUUCCAAAGCGCCUGUCUCGCGCAGCGGAGGGCUCGGUCCUGCGGUCCUGCGGAGGAGGGGUGAGCGGGGAUCCCGGUUCCCCUGGGCUCGCAGUGCGUGUGAGCAGGAGCAGGAGAACGUCCGGCCGCAGCGGGACCUCGAGCAGGGUGCUGUGUGUCCCUGUAGCUCAUACGUCUCAAGAGCAUUUCUGCGCACAAAGAGAACUGCGUGAGCUCUGAGCGGUUCUAAACAAGUAAUUCUCAUAAACAGCUGCAUCAAUAGUGUUCAUUUAUAACAAUGAGAGAAAAAUAUUAAUUUAUGCACAUUGCCCAGAUUAGGAGGGGGGGCGCGGUGGCGCAGUGGGUUG